GGGAAUACUCUGAAAAAUGUCUGCUCAACUAUAUUCAUACUCUGAUGGGAAUACUCUGAAAAAUGUCGCUCAACUAUAUUCAUGUAACUGGCACCUUAUUUAGGUUGCUCCGAGAAGCAUCCUUAUAUCAUAUAAUAUAUUUUGAAUUCAAAGGCUAUACACGGUCAGAGUCACAAGGUUAAGCAACCUUGACAGAGGUAUGUAUGGUGCAACUGUUUAGGUAAGAGUAGAUUUUGAGUGCCUGUGUGAGACAGACACUAUCCAACUAAUUUCAAGCUAGGAGAAGCUCGUCAUGACAGAGCAGCAUCCAACUUCCUGUGCCACACAAGCAAUAAAAAAGCUUCCAACCAUACUGUGUAAUGGAGCUUCUCCAUUUAAGAAUCAAUUGAAAGUUUUGCCUUGUGAAAAACGAAAACAGACUUUUCCUGGUUGGUUAUAUCUAGACACCGACAAGAAUUUGAUGUGUAGUCUGUAGUAACUAAAUCCCAAUUAGCAUGGGCUUAGCUAUAUGAUGCAGGUGGGUGUUCGUUGUAAAUGUGGGGCCAGUCACAUUCAUUUGGUGGGAGAAAAUAGGUAAUAACAUGUACAGCGCUUAGACGGUUCCACGUAAAAAAACACAAUAUUCAUGUUCCAGAGAACGUGAAGCCUCACAGCGUAGUUGGUGUCUGUUAUUUGUGCUGUAGAAUGGUUUCCGAAGAAUUGGUUAGCAUGCUGCAAAAUGACCCUCAGCUGGGAGUUGAUGUGAGCGAAGGGAGUGGUCAAAUGGAAGGUAAGGCUCAAGAGGGGGAGUCCAGGGACUUGAAGGAGAACAGAACUGAAGAUCCAGCGAGUACACCAGUGGAAGGAAGGAAGAGGAGCAGACCAGGAGGCCUUAAUAAAGUUUGUGGUGUGUCACCUGAGUUACAGGCUAUUGUGGGUCAACCAACAAUGCCUCGAACCCAGAUUGUGAAGCAAUUAUGGAUGUACAUUCGGGCAAAUAAUUUGCAAGACCCGAAUAACAAGAGAAAUAUCAUCUGCAAUGAUGCACUUCGUUUGGUCUUUGAUACCAAUUCAACUGAUAUGUUCCAGAUGAACAAAUUACUUGCUAGGCACAUAUGGGCAAUUGAUUCUGUAGAUGAUGAUUUGGAGCCAAAUGCCAAAAAGAUUGCAAAUGUAAAUGCUGCUCCCCUUAUUUCACCUGCCCCAAUAUCUGACAGCCUUGCUUCAUUUUUGGGAACUAGUGAAAUUGAAAAGCCCCAGGAAGAGGUUGUGAAGCAUUUAUGGAAUUAUAUCACAGAAAACAAUUUACAGGAUAUGUUGGAUAAAGAAAAGGUGAAUUGUGAUGAAAAGCUAGAAAAGCUCUUUGACUGUGAGAAUUUCCUUGAAUCUGAGAUGAUAAAGCUGUUAGCUCCUCACUUCUCAAGAGGAUAGCACUGCAAAUAAAAAAGGUUGUUUGCAACCAUCUGAAGCAAUUAUUUGGUAAAUUCAUGAAAUUGUAAUGAAGUUUCUUUGGGACAUCUAAUAGAUUUGUUUUUCCUCAUGGGGACUUACCAUGCUUGAAUUAUGCAACAGCAAUCUGUUGCUUCCUCAGAAAGGAGACUAGCACUUUGAGGUCAAUCUUUAUAAUACUUAAUAAUUUUCUUAACACAGACAAUUUUAGUUGUGAGAUAGUUGGAGACUUGCACUUUGAGGUCAAUCUUUACAAUACUUAAUAAAUUUCUUAACACAGACAAUUUUAGUUGUGAAAUUGUUUUCCUUCUGUUCUGGUAACUGCAUGAUUGAAUAACCAGGGCCUUUUUCUGUUGCUA